AUGACGACAAAACGAACAAUUCUCUUGACGGGCUGCUCUGAUGGCAGUCUCGGUUCUGCCCUCGCCAUCGCCCUUCAUAAACGCGACUGGCGCGUCUUUGCCUCUGCGCGCAACCUUUCAAAAUUGACGGCCGUGAAGAAUGCAGGAAUUGAAUGCAUUCAACUCGACGUUGGUUCCGAAGAGUCAAUUGCUGCUGCCGUCGAACACGUCAAGCAAUUGACUGGCGGCUCUCUGGAUGGACUCGUCAACAACGCCGGCACUGGCUACAGCAUGCCCAUUAUUCACAUCGAUAUCGACAAGGCUCACGACUUGUUCGAGCUCAACGUCUUUUCCAUCAUUCGUGUCACUCGGGCGUUUCUACCCCUGCUGCUCAAGUCGGACCGGAAUCCCAUCAUCGCCAACAACACCUCAGGAUCAAGUCUUCUCGGCUGUGCGUUGCCUUUCCAGGGAGCCUACGGUGCUUCCAAAGCUGCAGCAACCAGCAUAACUGAGAGUCUGCGCAUUGAACUCGACCCUUUUGGCAUUCGUGUCAUCAAUCUCUUGACUGGUGGCGUCAAGUCAACCUUUCACGAUAAUUCGCCCCAUCCUGUGCUUCCCGCAGACUCGAUCUAUAACCUUGCCAAGGAAGAUAUCGAGGCCACAAUGUCCGGAAAGGAGAAAGGCAUCGUCAAACCUGAUGCGACGGCGUGGGCGAAUCAGGUUGCUGGAGACCUUAGCCAGCGCAAACCACCGUACCUGGUGUCGAGGGGAGGAAAAGCCGGCACAGCUCGACUCGCCACUUUGCUUCCUAUUGGCUUGACUGAUAGUACCAUGAAGAAGAUGGCGGGUAUAGACGUGCUUGAAAAGAAGAUUCAAGAGAAGGGUGGGUUGGAAAAGAUUAAGCAGUCUUGA